UGAUGUAAAACCCUUGGAACUUCACUUAAACCUUACAAAGCCAAUUAAAUAGUAAUUAAAUUUUUAAUGGUUAGGUUUUAUGAAUAUGCAAGAAUUCGUGAUGCCUUUAGUUCCUCAUGAACUAGAAAUCAAUAACCUUCAUCAGAUGGCCAGAUCAAUUACUUUAUAAGAGAAUUCAGCCAUGAUAGAAGAAAAAGAAGUACAAAUUUUUAUAUACUAGUAACAAAACCACCCUACAGAAAAAAAGUGCCUCUACAAUUCAGAAAACGCUUAGUAAAUUGAAACUCCAAAAAGGAGUUGUCAUGAUUUCAAUAGAGAAUCUCCUUUUGUAAAGAUCAGUGUGUACAAGCAGCACCAAAUGGCUAAUUAAAAAAUAUACAUCCUUUAAGAUGACAAGUAAUAAUUUCUUAAUUAGUUUAGGAUUAUUGGUAGCAAUCAAAUAUAAAAAAAUGAAAUAUCAAUUAUACGUCGUAAGAAGCAAUAACAUUUAGGAGAUAAUAAUAUUGAUUUGGGUAUUUAUUUUAAAUGAUCAAAUUUUUAGGUCUUUCUUCAUAAGAAUCUAAUAUUGAAUAAGUCCCUUGCAAAAUAUCAACAGAAUUUGGUUUCCGUCAUUCAAGUAGGGUCACUCCAACUAUUUUAUGUUUCUUAUCAUUAAAGUAUUUCCACACCAGAUUUUCAGAAUUACCUUCAAAUAUCUUCAAACUUAUUCACUCAUUUAUAAAGUAAAUAUUCUUUACAUAUUUUAGAGAAAAACCAAAAUUCUAUGUAUAGGAUUGUGGUACUGCUUUGAAAACUUUAGUUAGAAUUUAAAAAGAGAGUCCAAGAAUAAUGAAUGAAAACAAUAAUUAUUUAAUUGGAGCUGAUUUCUAUUUUCACGUAGUUCAAUUAAAUUCAAUACCAAAGUUAAUUGAAAGUAAGAAGAAGGAUUAAGAAACUCCAAUAGAAUAUUUCUUUUAGACCCUUGUAAGAGAAAAUGAAAAAUAUAGAGCUAGAAUCCAUGGUUUGUCUAAAGAAGAAUAAGAAUAAUUCUAAGGUAUUUAAUUUAUUAAUUGUAGUAUAUUUGGAAGAAUAUAGAUAAUUAAAGAAGAAAGGAAGGAAAUAAUAUCAUCUCUAAAAUUGUAAUAGACCAUUCCUUAAAAUUUAAUUUGAUACACCAAUAUCUAAACAAAUUGCUGUCUUCAUUGGUAAAGCUGGAUACGAACAAACUUUUAAGAUUGGAAGAUCUUAAGAUUGUGACAUUAUAGUCAAUAUGAAUACUGUGUCUAGAAAACAAACUUAAAUCAAAUUUAACAAAACAUAAUGGGAAAUAUGUGAUGGUGAGGGAAUAAGAUAAUCUGCUAAUGGAACUUGGUAAUCCUUAUAACCAUAUGAACUACCCUUAUUGGCUACUAAACCAAAAUAAAGUGAUCCAUAUUUGAUUGAGGAUAAGAUGGAAAUUAAAAUAUGUGAAAACAUAUUUAAAUUUGAAAUGGUGGGAUUUGGAGUUUCUAAAAAGUAAUAUUAUAUAAAUAUUAUUAGACGAAAAUUGACUAAUACAUUAUACUAGGAAUUAACUUAAUACGAUUGA